UGAAGAGCUGAGACGCCGUAGUGGGGGGUAGAGGGAGCACUGGAGGUGGGUCUAUAAGUCCUCAGCAUUGUAAGGGUUAAGUGUCCUUACUGGGAAAGGUGGGGGUGCAUCUAUUUAUCCCCAGUGUCCUGCUUGCUCCCUCAGACUCUAAGGAGCUUGGCUGGGGCAGCUAGUCUCCAGGGUGCUAAGAUGGCAAAGGAGAACUCUGGCUUCUCCACCAUCCCUGAGACUCCGGUGAGUGAGGCGAAGCCCCCGCUCUGCUCCCGCCCGUCCAAGGCCUCAGCGCGGCUCCACAGGGAGAGCGAGCGGGAGAAGACUGAGAAGAAGAAAAGGCGCCAGCGGUACGUGGAGAAAGGCGGCAAGUGCAACGUGCAGCAUGGCAACGUGCGGGAGACCUACCGCUACCUCACGGACAUCUUCACUACCCUGGUGGACCUCAAGUGGCGCUUCAGCCUGUUGGUCUUCACCCUGGCCUACGCCAUCACCUGGCUCUUCUUCGGUCUCAUCUGGUGGUUCAUUGCCUAUUGCCGUGGUGACCUGGACCACCUGGAGGACCACACCUGGACACCCUGUGUCAACAACCUCAAUGGGUUCGUCUCAGCCUUCCUCUUCUCCAUCGAGACAGAGACCACCAUUGGCUAUGGUCACCGGGUCAUUACAGACAAGUGUCCUGAGGGCAUCAUCCUCCUGCUGCUGCAGGCCAUCCUGGGCUCCAUGGUCAACGCCUUCAUGGUGGGCUGCAUGUUCGUCAAGAUCUCCCAGCCCAACAAGCGGGCUGAGACCCUCGUCUUCUCCUCCCACGCUGUGGUCUCACUGCGUGACGACCGCCUGUGCCUCAUGUUCCGGGUCGGGGACCUGCGCAGCUCCCACAUUGUGGAGGCCUCCAUCCGGGCCAAGCUGAUCAAGUCCAAGCAGACCCAGGAGGGGGAGUUUAUCCCCCUCAACCAGACAGACAUCAACUUGGGCUUCGAGACAGGCGAUGACCGCCUCUUCCUGGUCUCGCCCCUCAUCAUCAGCCACGAGAUCAAUGAGCACAGCCCCUUCUGGGAGGUCUCCAAGGAGCAGCUGGCGAAGGACGAGUUUGAGAUUGUCGUCAUUUUGGAAGGGAUGGUGGAGGCCACAGGGAUGACCUGCCAGGCCCGGAGCUCCUACCUGAUGGACGAGGUGCUGUGGGGACAUCGCUUCAUGUCAGUGCUGAGCUUGGAGGAUGGCUUCUACGAGGUGGACUACAACAGCUUUCACCAGACCUUUGAGGUUCCCACGCCCAGCUGCAGCGCCAAGGAACUGGCCGAGGCCACGGCCCGCAUGGACGCCCACCUCUACUGGUCCAUCCCCAGCCGGCUGGACGAGAAGGUGGAGGAAGGGACAGAGAAUGAAGCAGGGGAUAAGGAGAGGAACGGUAGCCUGGCCAACCCGGAGACUGUACAGAUAAAUGAACGAGGCCCGCUCCACGAAGGAGCAGGAGGAGGGUUUUUAUAGCAGUGACAUCAAUUGUAUAGAAGCAUAGGAUGGCGUGUCAUUUUGGAGCAAACGGGUGGGAUGGAAGGAUGGAGCAAAGAACAAGACGGAUGAGUGAACGGGACAACAGAAGAGGAGUAGCUGUCCUCAGCUUAUAGGUGCGCGGUAUUAAGCGUUGGAAGAAUGGCCUUGCAGAAAGAUGACUAUGGAAGCAGAAGAGUGCGGAGCAGCUAGAUAAGUGUAUGGCGGAGCGAGGGACUGGGUGCACGGACCAUGGGGUGGAUGGACGGGGGCUAUGCACUAGUGUAUCUGCAUAGCUGGAGACAUAGAUGGAGAAUGUCAAGGAGUUGAAUACAUAGGUAGGUGAACUGGAGAAAUGACCCAUGAGGACAAGCUCUGUGGUCAACAUGGCUUUGUGAUGGGUAACUCAGCAGGUUGAGGGAUUUAUGCAAAGAUUAAACUCAUGGAUGGGAGGGGUAGACAGAUAAAAAGGAAAUGAGGGAGAAUUGCAGCAAAGACCAGGACCGGCUAUGGGCAGCAUGAUGUUGGGUGACCUGCAGAGCGUCCCCAGUGCCCUGCCCUCCCCCGCACUUACACACACUAGCACUCCCAAAGCUCCCGAGCUUGCUGUCUCUCUUGCUUUCUUUUAA